CCCCCCCCCCGGCCGCUCUCUCUCUCUCCACUUCGUUCAUUUCUGGCUUCGGAUCUGAUUAUCCCCAGGUCUCAAUUAUGGCUGAGAAGGUUACAACAAUGGUGCUGAAGGUGGACCUUCAGUGUCCUUGUUGCUACAGGAAGAUCAAGAAAGUUCUUGCCAAAUUUCCCGAAAUUCGAAGCCAGGCUUAUGACGAGAAGCAGAAUACGGUGACGAUCACUGUAUUAUGCUGCAGCCCGGAGAAGAUUCGUGACAAGUUGUGUUGCAAAGGUGGGAAAACAAUCAAGUGCAUUGAGAUCAAACCGCCUCCGAAACCCGACCCGAAACCCUGCCCCCCCCACCCUGUUUAUGUACCGGUUCUGGUGUGUUGUGGGCAAUGUUGCAGGGGUAUCCCAAGGGGCCCAUGUUAUGAGGGGUGUGGGAGGCCAGUACCAUCAUGUGAUGGGGGGUGUGGUGGGAAUAGGGCUUGUUAUGGAGUAAGUCGUUGCAAUGAGUACUUUAAUGAAGAAAACACUUCUGGUUGCACAAUCAUGUGAUGGUAGAGCUUCCUCAUGAUCAAGCUUUUUGAUUACUUUUGUUGGAAAAGAAAAGGCAUACUUGUUUGUGGGUAUAUGUGGGGGUUGGGGUUAUGUUUUUUGGACUAUGAUUUUAUACAAAGUAUAAAAAAAUGGUCAAUAACGAGUUUGGUAGUCUGGUGGUGGCGGCCAAAUAGUCAAUUGAGAUGGGGUUUUAUGGUGAUAUAUAUGUAAUGAUUUAUGAUUAAUAAGAUUCUUCGUUAAUCAUA